AUGGGUGAGAGUAAGAGGGAGACCGUGAAAGUGAAGACAAACAAGAAUGGAGAUGGAAAUAUGCAGGAGGAGGAGGAGGAGGAGAUGAAUGUGGUCGAGUUUGAGGGAAAGAAGAAUGGAGACACUAGGGACAUUGGUCGUGCAGAGGCAGAGAAGGUAGAUGAGGAGAAGGAGAAGCAGGAGGAAGAGGAGGAUAAAGUGGAAGAGGAGAAGAAGCAGGAGAAAAAGGAAGAGGAGGAGAAGAAGCAGGAGAGAGAGGAAGAGGAGGAGGAGGAGAAUAAUGUUAGACUUGCUAAACAUUUCCGCCCUGUUUGUUACCCAGAAGCAAUUGAUCAGUUCCUUUAUCGACCACCUGGAGCGUUUCCUGUGCAAAUCGUGGAAUUUUACAAAGGUGAUUGUGUUUUACAUUGUGGUCGACAUGCUGAGUUGAGAGGAGAGAUGUGUGGUAGUGAGUGGGCAGUGAAUUGA